AUGCGAGUACUGAACAUCGACUCGUCAUAUACACACGCUCACUGGGCAUUUGCGACCAUUAGUCCAUCCCUGGCGGUAAACAUUAACAACACAUAUCUCCAGUGGGAUUCAUUCCUGUCGAUACCUGGUCUGAAGAAAGUCGUUUCCUUUGGUGGCUGGGGAUACUCGACGAGCCCCGAGACGUACGACAUGUUGCGUAAGGCGAUGUACCCCGAGAAUGUUGGCUUGUUCACGGACAAUGUUGUCCAGUUCGUCAAUGACAACGGACUCGAUGGCGUUGACUUUGAUUGGGAGUAUCCUGGUGCUUCGGAUCUUCCAGAUAUACCGGCAGGAUUUCCUUCGGAUGGCCCCAAUUAUCUCUCAUUACUGAAGACACUUCGCGAGAAAUUGCCCAAGGAUAAGACACUCUCGAUCGCGGCGCCGGCUUCGUUUUGGUACCUCCGUCCCUUUCCGGUGGCAGACAUGGCAAAGCACCUGGAUUACAUCGUUUACAUGACGUACGACCUACAUGGGCAAUGGGACUACGGCAAUUCAUGGAGUCAGGAUGGCUGUCCCAGUGGCGGUUGUCUACGGAGCCAUGUCAAUCUUACCGAAACAAACUAUGUUCUGGCAAUGAUAACAAAGGCGGGUGUCCCCGCAAACAUGGUUGUAGUUGGCGUUUCUAGCUAUGGCCGCUCUUUUGGUAUGACGCAGCCGGGCUGUACAGGACCUAUGUGCACUUUCGGCGGCAAGGCCUCCACAGCCAAGGCUGGGCGGUGCACUGGCGCGCCUGGGUAUCUCGCUGAUGGUGAGAUCUACGAGAUUCUGAACGGGGACGUGGAUAGCGUGAAACCCACCACAUGGUAUGACACCAAUAGUAACUCGGACAUCUUGACAUACGAUGAAAACCAGUGGGUCGCGUACAUGAGCUCGGAUACGAAGACUUCCCGUACAGCGUACUACGAGGGAUUGAACUUCGCUGGGAUUGUCGAUUGGGCUGUCGACCUACAACCGAUUACGGAUCUUCUCGUGCAGGAGGGAUAUGACGACGACUAUUUCCCGUUACCAGCAACAGCCCUACCACCUUGCACAGCUGAAUAUUCGACUAUUGAGGACCUUGACAAAGAUAUCGGCAACAUUCCAAGCAAUUGCAAGAGCUACUACAUUGCCCAGGCGUUGUCCAGCAUGCUGGCAGCAUCUGUCCAAAAUUACACCGACAUGAUGAACAAUGGGUAUACUGGCAAAUUCAAAACGUAUGCGAAAGCAGUGGCCGACAACAUAGAUAAGUCUGUACACGACUUCAUCUACAAAAACGGCGACAAGUACUUUUCCUGCAUCGUUACUGAGGCAACUACUUGUUGCGAAUACUGCAAACUUUACGAAUCAACGUCAAAUCGCCAAAACGCAUGCGACUAUUGCUUCACAGAAGGCGAGUGCUAUCGAGAUUGUUCAUUGAUUGGCUGUAUCUCAGAUCAAUCUGGCCAUGGCACCGCGAUAGGCGCCGCCCCCUCAGGGUCACAGGGGCCACCGGAGGGGCCAGGUUUUGACGAGCAUCCAAUCGUGCGAUAUAAGAACGUGUCAGAGCCGUGUCCCCCAGACUACUCCAAGCGUGGUCAGGGUGACGAGACCUACCCUCAAAGUGUCUACUGGACGCUACGGGAAGACAAAUCUAGUGCGUUCUAUGCCGACCUCUUGAGCGACACCGGCGUUCCCAAGGCGAAGACGAAGUUGGGCGAUUAUUACCGCAUUCACGACUGUGCCCCGUCUCAGGAAUCUGACCCCAAGGCGGCUUGUCACGCAUCUGACAUUGAUUUUGGCACGCCGAUACCUGACGGCUUUGGUGCAAAUGACGUGGCAAAUCCGCAAGAUGUGGCUCAAAAGGCGCUCAGCAACUCUAACCAGCUUUUGGAGCAAGUAAACGACGUCGUCCUUAGACUGAACCUGAGCUGCUAUGCCGGCGAUAGCUUCGAGCUUGUUGACACAAUAUCUCUGCCGAUUCUCAUGAUUGUUCAAGCUGUCGAGAGCAUGGCACAGGUGGAGACUGUGGUGGACAAAAUGGAGGAGUCAAAGCGCAAGGCGAUGAUUUUGGCCUUCCUGAGCGCCAUUCUCUUCUUCAUACCUAUAGCGGGAGAAGUACUGGGUGCUUUGACGGAGUUUGCUGACCUGGCAAUCAUCCUAACGACUCUAGGUGUCGCGGGAAAUACAGCACUCGAUAUAUACGACAUCGUUGACGACCCAGACAAUGCCCUCCUGUCAAUUUUUAGCCUCAUCCUGGAGCCGCUUGCGUUGGCGGAUAUAGCUAAAAUCAACAAGGCAGCAGGGAUCAGGAGAGGCAUGGCCGAGGCGGACGUUGCCAAACUUGGCGCGGGUGUGUCGAAGAGACUGGGGAUGAUAAAGAAGGUAACUGGGACGUGCAGCAGGAAAUAA